AUUAUUUUUGUGAACAGGAGGAAAAGCAUUGGUUAAUAAUGUGAUAAAAUGUUUGACACACAUAAUAACAACAUUCAACACAAUGCAAAUAUUUACAUAUUUAAAGGCAAGGAAACCAAUACUUUGUUUUUUGUUUUGUUUUGUUUAAGCUCCUCCUGGAGGCAAAGAAGGGAGGGAAUGAGGGUUUAUCAAGACUCGUUCUUUUGUUGAUUGAUGAUUGAGCCUCUCAUUCCUGACCUUUUCUUUAUUUUCCUCAAUACAGAUGGAAAGCAAAACUGAAAAACAAAUGACAUCGGCCGCGGCCUUUGUUGAAGGUGGCGUUCAAGAAUCUUGUGAUGAUGCUUGCAGCAUAUGCCUUGAAGAGUUUUGUGAUAAUGAUCCUUCAACUCUCACAGUUUGUCGACACGAGUUUCACCUACAGUGUGUUCUUGAUUGGUGUCAAAGAAGCUCACAAUGUCCUAUGUGUUGGCAACCUAUUAGUUUGACCGAUCCUACCGGUCAAGAAUUAUUUAAGGCGGUAGAGCAAGAAAGGAAUUGGUGGGCCACUUCAUCUAGAAAUGUCAAUACCUCUCAUCCACGUGAAGGCGUCAAUGAUUAUAAUUUAGAAGAGAGAAUACUUCAACAUUUAGCUGUUGUUGCAUCAAACGAAAGAAUACAUCAACUUGGUCGAAGGGAAGGACAACAAAUUCAACCAAGACAACGGACAGUACAAUUUCAAACUGAAAGUUCUUCAACUAAUGGAUCUACUAAUAUGGAAUCAAAUGACCAAGAAACUUAUUCUAGGGAUAGAAGUGAUGCGGCUAAUUCUUCCCAGAUAAACCAAAAUAGAGCAAGGCCAUCAGAAUCGCACUCUUUUUCAGAUACUUUGCGAUCUAGACUUAAUGCAGCGUCGAUGAGAUAUAAAGAGUCAAUUUCAAAGGGUACAAGGUGUUGGAAGAAUAAAUUGUUGUUUUCUCGAAGUUCUUCCAUCGCUGAAGUUGGAACAGAUGCAAGAAAAGAGAUGAACCCAGGAACUUCUAGAGCAUCUCAAUCAAGGAAAUUCAUUGGAGCUAAGAAAAAACAUAGAGUUCCUAAAACUUCUUUGUCAAAUGGUUUGAAGGAAGGUUCUAUAGGAGAGGCAAGCAACCAAAAUUGUGUUGAAGUUGAUGAAAAAUAUUUUUCAUGUGACAACAGUACUCCAACUACUUCUUCAACCGGUUCACAUUCAAAUUGAGUUUUUUUUUUUGUUUUUGUUUUUUGUCAUUAUAUAUUUUUUUUGAUCUAAUAUUUGAAUGUGAGUUUUGAUCUUUGUAUCAACCCUUAAAAAAAACAUUUCUUUAUAUCUAUUCACCUUACAAAUCCAUCUUUUAAAUAUCAUGAUUUGUGAAUAAUAUAAAUCAUUGUAUUGUAUUGCAUUUUAUUCAGAUGAUUUUGAUUCAACUCAUCCUAUCAAGUAGAAAGCAAAGUUCAAAUUUUGAAA